UAAAUUCAAAUAAGUGGGACCCGAUAUUAGAUUACACCAAUAAUAUUAUGUGAUUCCUUUAGCAAUUCUCUUUUCUUCGUAGAGCGACAAACAUUACUAGUUUUUUUUUUUUUUUUUUUUCAGGAGAAGGGUAUAUCAUCAUCAUGAUUGUUAUAUUGUGAUUGCAAUGUGAGUGAUGACCUAGUUUCAUUUUCCUUCUUUUAGUAAUAUUCUCCUGUAUAAAUUUUUUGUUCUGGUCAGAUUUAUCUCUCACCAUUUUCUAGAUUCGUAUAAAAAAUGUCUCUGUCACCACCCAAAUCGAUCGCUCGUCCUCACAAUAAUUCAACCCAAAACAACUGGCUCACCACAAUCAAAAUCCUCAUUUAUAGUAACCCAAACAAUAAAACCCUUCUCCAUUCCUCUCGCCAAACCGAUCAGAGAUCAUCGGUCGGUGGUCGCCGUCGCCGUCGUCGGUCCAUCGAUCGGUGAUUCUCUCGAUAUAUAUCAAUAUGGUGGUGAUGGUAAAUGACUCGAUUGUUCUGUGUAACAGUUCAACGCUUGAUCAGGAUAUGGAUUGGUGUUUGAGAAGCAAAGAAUUGAAUUACGUCGUCGCCUGUUUCAAGCAAAAAUUAAUCCCCCAAAGCAAUGGGAUAUGGCUAGCCGAUAGCGGAACCAAUGUAACGUUCAAGACAUUCCUCAUCCAAUUAGCGCUAAUCAUCUGCGUUAAUCGCCUCUUAAUCUCCUUCUUCAGACUCCUUCGCCUUCCCCAUAUCGCCGCCGAGAUUCUGGGCGGCGUAUUAAUGGGUGCCAGUGGAAUCGCACGAACUCCGAUAGGCUUUGGCUUGUUGUAUCCUCAAAGAGGGACGAUGAUUCUCGAGACCGUUGCUCAUUUGGGGUUAGUUUUUUACAUGUUCAUGGUAGGGUUAGAGAUUGAUAUUAAACCAAUCUUGAAAACCCCUAAAAAGGCCUUAAUCGUUGCCGCGUCUGGGUUUCUUCUCCCUUUUCCGGUUGGCUGCGCUUUACACUACAUGUUCAUCGGAAACGCCGAGGAUUUUGGUCCCGUCGCUGCCAAAUACGGCCCGAUUUUUUGGGGUAUCGCUCUCUCCACCACGAAUUUUCCCGAUCUCGCCCAAAUCCUCGAAGACACGAAGCUCCUCCACUCGGAAAUUGCCCGGACGGCGCUUUCCGCCGCCGCCGUAACGGACGUCUUCACUUGGGUUAUACUCAUCGUCAUUGGUUCGAUCGUCAAGGGUGUGCAUGUCUACACAUUAAUAUUUGGGUCCUUCUUUGUGGUCUUCAGCCUCGCGGCGUUGCGGCCGACCCUGAAUUGGCUUCUCCGGCGACGGCGGCGGCACGGCGAGUACUACUACUACUACGACGAUGAUUGUCAGAUUUGCUUCGUCGUUACCGGAGCGCUGCUGUACGGAUACAUCACUGACUCAUUGGGUUUGCACUCCAUUAUUGGGGCGUUCUUGUUCGGGCUGAUCAUGCCGAAGCAAGGUGAGCUGAGACGGGUGUUGAUGGAGAGAGUUGAGGACUUCGUCUCCGGCAUGAUGAUGCCGCUGUUCUUCUUGAUUGUUGGUCUGAGAACGAAUCGUCAGGAUGUGUUUGAAGGUCAGUUUGGGAUGUCCACCAUUGUUGGGGUCAUUGUUCUUGCUUUUGGGGUCAAAAUCGUAAGCACUUUCAUGGCUGCCGUGUUGUUCAAUAAGAUGAGCCCUCGUGAUGGUUUGGCUCUGGGAUUUCUUAUGAAUACCAAAGGAAUGUUAUCUUUAAUCGUCGUUACCUCCGCCCGCAACGUCAAGGUCUUGAACAACCAAACCUACACAAUGAUCAUCAUCGCCCUAUGGUGGAUGACUAUGGCCGUGUGUCCCAUUCUUACUUUGACUUACAAAAAAUCUCUCAAGCAAUCCACGAAGCGCAUGCAGAGGUCCUUGACGAGCUUACAACCCAGCUCAGAGCUUCGAGUCUUGACAUGCUUCCACUCCUCCUAUGAGGUCACCGGCAUCAUCAACCUUCUCGACGCCUCCAACCCCACCAGAGACUCACCAAUAUCAGUGUUCGUCAUCCAACUAAUUGAGAAUAUUGGUCGCACCACCGCCAUAAACAUCGUCCACGGUGCUUGCAAAACCAUCAACAUGUCAGGAGGAGACUACGACAAGGAUCACAAACACUUCGACUCAUCACCAUCAUCAUCAUCAUCUCAACAUGCAGCGUUUGCUGCCUUUAAUGGCUUCAAGAAUGGGAAAGAAGGCAUCUUCAUACAACCCUUGACCGCCGUGUCAGCCCGAGCAACCAUGCACGAGCACAUAUGCGACUUUGCGGAGGAGAAUCACACCAACAUGGUGAUUCUUCCAUUUCAUUUGAAGACUAUAACGAACGUUGGAAAAAUUAGUAGUAGUAGUAGUAGGAGUGGUGGUGGUACCAAUCUUUCGAAAACAAACCUUGAUUUUCGAAACAUUAACAAGAAAGUUAUGGCGAAAUCAUCGUGCUCGGUGGCUAUACUUGUCGACCGUGGUCGCAGGCCUCCCAUGGCUGCAAGCGUCCAAGCUGGGCACAACUUCAUGGUGCUCUUCGUUGGCGGACCCGACGACCGCGAGGCCUUGGCUUAUGUCGAGAGAAUGUCUGGGAGUCGAAAUGUGGCUCUCACUGUGAUGAGGUUCGUUGCUGCUGCUGCUGAUAAUGACGAAGACAAUUUCAUUUUUGAUUAUAAAGAAGAAAAAGAUAAGUUGCUAGACGAGCAGUACUUUGAAGAGUUUAGGCACAAGAUGUAUGAGAACCCAUUGGUGAAUUUUACACAAGCGGUUGUGAGCAAUGUAGAGGAUGUUGUGAGAGCUAUUGGGACCAUUGAGAAAGAGUAUGAUUUGAUCAUAGUUGGAAAAGGGAGAGGGGGUAGAGGAUCACUUUCGAAGAUGCUUGAGGAGACUGAAACGGAGUGGAGUGACUAUCCUGAGUUGGGUUUGUUAGGAGAUACUUUGGUGUGCUCGAAUUUCGCUUCUAAUGCUUGGAUUCUUGUAGUGCAGCAAGGCAGUGGUUGUGAUAUUCGUUUGAAAGACGAGCAAUUGAGUAAUUGUGGUAAACUUAGUGAACAAUGCGGCCAUAUGACAUGGCAACCUUCUUUAAAUGAAACGCCUGAAUUAGCGCUUUUUGUGUCUCGUAACUCUUAAUGUACA